CAUGGAGGCGGAGCUUUAAGAGAGAGAAGCUCUCUGCAGCGUUUUGCCGGAUGUCUACGAAGUCGAGUUGAACUUUUAUUAAUAUGUUUAUAGCCCGAUUCCUCCAUAACACACGUGAUUAAUUGUUUCAUCCGACUUCGCUUGAGUACGGGGAAUCGUUAAACAUGACCAACGGUGGGUGGGCUGACUACGAAAGCGGAAGAAGUUCCUGUUAGCUGCUAGCUUCGCCGUGAUGCCCGGAAUUUCUCGAGAUUACGCUUCGUGAACGAGAACUCCCCGCGGGCAGCUCAGCUCGCGCGAGCCGUUGGCGGCCGACAGGAACCCCUGACGGGUGUGAACAGGCAGCGGCUUCUACUGAACCCUCAGCCUGGAAGACUUUCAUUCAAACUUCCUCCUUAAAUAGAAGGAAGCAACGCGGAUAUUUAUAAUUAUAGAUCAGGACUGACUCCAAGACGUCUCCACCCGGCGAACAGGGAGUGUCACCUUUCCCUUAUUGCCAGGAUAUCAUCUUCAUGGCUGCGGAGAUGCUGACUGACAGCAGGAAACGACACCGAAGCUGUGACAGUGAGGACGACCAGCAGCUGACACCUCAGGCCAAGAGGUCAGGGAGUGGCCCCAGCCUGCUUUUGUCAGACCUGGACUCUGAGUCCUCCAGCAGCGACAGCAUUCACAGCAACUGCACCAGCCCGAAGCCCGAGGACUCUGCCAGCUCCUUACACCACGGUCUCCAUGGCGACGGGAGAAGUGUCCCUUACUACUACAUCAACAGAGUCCUGAGGGAGGCGCAUUUCAGCAGUUUACAGAGCAGAGGGCACCCUGGCUCGACAUGACCGCCAGCCCUCCGCCGACCGCCAGUCCGUCAUCCAUCAGGGCCAAUGGCAUGACCCCCCCUCUCGCCGUGUGGGGAGGUCAUGUCCAGGGAGCGCUGCUUCACCUUAUCCCAUUUGUUAAGCACAUCCGCCUUUUCAUGGCCCGACCACUGUGGUUUCUCUGUGCAGUAUUAAUGCAUAUGUGUGUAUACGCUCUGUGCACUUUAUGAAGAGGAAUCGCUCUCUUGACAUGUGUCGACGGGUGGACGUGUUCACAGGUGCUAACGGAAGGGCGAGCGUGUCCAAAGUGCUCGCUAACAAUAAAAGCACUUUGACUAGUAGUUUUUUUUCUCCGCUGGAGACACCAGAUGCAUGUUUAUGUCAGGAUCUGUCCCCCAAAAAGAUAUACAAAUCAGUCCAAUACCUACACUUCAACCAAAGCUAGACAAAGAUCAUUUCUGACACUUUUUCUAAGUGAAAACAGAAAAGUUGUUAAGAAAUCAGAGCACAGCUUGUAAACUUAAACUGCAAAAAUCUAAAUUUAGAUACGGUUAUUUAUAGACCUGCGAGAAGACGAGGGCAACUGCAGGCAGCAGAACAAAAUAACAAAAAGUCAAACUGCGUGUUUACAUUUCACUUUACACAUUGUUUAGCAGUGUGUCAUGAGUCUCUCAGCCAUAUUUGUGUAUGGAUGGUGUAAAAUGACCAGUACACUGUGUUGCACAUAACAGAUGUGAAAGUGAUGAAUAUGCCCUGUAAUCUUCCAAACUGUUGGACAUUGAAAUAAAGUGAUGCCAAAACCGU